CCAGCCAAUCCUCGCUUUGGGCAGAUCACGUGCACAACUCAAGGUGAGGAUGUCGUCUGCACGGUGACCUGCUCGCCCAAGUUCAUCUUCGAGACGGAUCCUGCUUCUGAAUACAGGUGUUCUGCAGAUGGCACCUGGACACCAGCAAAGGACACCAUCCCCAACUGUGUCCAAGAUUUUGACUCCAUCGAUACAACACCUUCCAGUGGACUUCUUCCAACUGGCAGCACAGUGCAUCCCACGGUUCCCACUGGAGCCAUGUGCACGGUGUGGGGUCAGGAACAUUACCGCACCUUCGACAACAACGUCUACACCUUCAUUCGGCUCGUGCGAGUACCAGCUGGUGCGGGACUGCGCGCUGAACACCUUCAGCGUCAACGUCAUCAACGACCGCCACUGCGACGGCAGCGCCCCCUGCAAGCGCGAGCUGGACCUGUACCUGGGAUCGAGUAAGGUGUCCCUCCGCCAAACGGCCAAUGGGCUCCAGGUCACGUGGGACGGAACCCCUCAUUCCGUGCCUUUCUCCAGAAGCGGGACCGUCUUCCAGCAGGUCGGCAACUACCUCACCGUGCAAAGUCCGCUUGGCUUCCUCAUCAAAUGGGACGGCAAGGAGUCCAUCUUUUUCAGAGCGUCAGCAGAUCUGAAAACCAAAACUUGUGGUUUGUGUGGUAACUACGACGGCGACCCAAGCAACGACUUCACAACAGCUUCCGGCUCUGUCGUCACGUCAGCGGCUGCCUUUGGCUCCAGCUGGAAAAAGACGACUGUUGGCGCCACUCCUUGCCCGGAUGCUGCUCAGGCUCAGACUUGUGAUGCAGCCAGAAGUCACCGCGCUGACCUGCGCUGUGGCCAGAUUCUCAACGACAAUGCAUUCAAGGCAUGCCAUGCUACUAUCGACCCCAACAUGUUCGUGGAGGCGUGCAAGUUCGACUGCUGCGCCCUGGACAGCAACCCGUGCACGUGCAAGUCCAUGGAGGCGUACUCACGUGCCUGUAUGGAUGCCGGCGUCAGACUUGCUUGGAGACGAAACAACCGAUGUCCUAUCAGGUGUGAAGGGGGAAAGAUCUUCAAAGAGUGCGGCAGCGCAUGCACACAGACGUGCAGCAGCCCCUCCCACACCUGCACCGACCAGACCUGCGUGGACGGCUGCUUUUGCCCUCAAGACACCGUAGAGAAUAAUGGCCAGUGCGUCCCCGUCGACCAGUGCCCCUGCACCUUCGGCAACCAGACCUACUCCAGUGGCCAGACCAUGCAGCAGGACUGCAAUACCUGCACGUGCGGAGCUGGCAAAUGGACGUGCACCACAAAGAAAUGCGAGUCCACCUGCUCUGCCACCGGCGACCCUCACUACCAGACGUUUGACGGCACGCGCUUCGACUUCAUGGGUAAGUGUUCCUACUACCUGAUCCACGAUAAGGACUUCGAGAUCAUCGUCGACAACAUCGAAUGUGGACACGAUGACGCCGCUUGCACCAAAUCGUUGUCCAUCAACAUCAAUGGCCAGUCUAUCAAGAUGGACCACAACCACCAACUGUUCGUCAACGGCCGGGAGGUUACCAGCCUGCCAUACGAAAUACCUGGACUGAAGAUCUACAUGGUGUCAUCGCUUUUCAUGAAGGUCUGUCUCAGAGAUAGAUAUUUAAACAAUGAACCCUCUCCAUUUUUUAACUGCCACAAACACUUCAUUAUAACGAAGUAAAGUAAAUUUAUAGUAUAUCCACUUACUAUUGUUAGUGUUGCUUAAGAGAAUCAGAAACCUAACUGAAAGAAGAUUUAAGAGACCUCGCCGGUCCUCGACUUGCAGGCAGAAUUUUCCAACGGCAUCUACGUCUUGUGGGACGGCCGCACGCGCGCUUACGUCACCGUUCCACCGUCGUUCCGCGGCCAGACGGCGGGCCUGUGCGGCACC